UGCACACCGGGGAGCUUUUAAACGACAAAAAAAGAUCCACUGGCUGAGGGAAUAAAUUUAGAACCUAUCGUAUUUUCAAAGUUAAUUAUGAUUUAGAGGAAUAUUUAUUGRUAGUUAAAAAUUUUAAACACAGAAAUGCGCUAACUGAUUCUGUAGAAGACGAGAGUUACUUUCUUUGCAAGUGCACCCCAUAGUUAUACUUCAAGUGGCUUCAAUUAAUUUAUUYUUAGAAUUCUACAGGUCCUCGUGAAUUACAAAAAAUCGUAGUAAAAUAGGAGAUUACAGGACAUAGCCAUACUCAAGUUAAAAGUCAAGAACCAAUUGUGUCCGAAAUAUAUUUAGGAUUCAUUYCAAGUUAAUACUAGCAGGUAUAAUUUAAGUAAUGCAGAUUUCAUAAUUCCUAGUACAAGUUGAUUAGGCCCGUGGUAUGGUCUAAAUUGAAUACCACCAUUAAGUCAAUAACCACUUUAGGUAAUUACCGGAAAGGUAUCAGGAAAAUAGAUUUAUCGGAGCUUUUAGAAGUAAAUGUAAUCAUAAUUGUGUCCUUUGUUCAAAUUAGUAUGUGAUUAUGUAUAGCUAUUACAAUAUUUUAUUAUGCUAUUAGAAUGACUUUUUAGAAUCUUAUUAUUGUAUUAUAUAAUUGUAUUAUUUAAUCUUUCAUCAUCAACAACAACCUGAAAUUCACCAGCUGUCCUGUCAUGGGUUUAUAAACGCUUAAGAAUAUAAGAUGGAUGCUUCAUUCUCACCUUAUCUGUUUCACAUGUUUAUAAAAAUCACUCUAUGUAUGAAACUUAUAGAGGACAGAAAAAAUAUUUCAGAAUACUAAAAUUCCUGAAAACAUACAUURAAUUACCUUUAAGAAAAAUUGAUCAGUUGAAAGACCACCUUUGYCAACUUUAAAUUAUCAUUAAUGUAUGGCUUUAUCAAAGAGCCCCUCCCAGAGGUUUUAGGGAACAAGGGAACAGGGGCAUUUAUUUUCAGGGAACAGGAGAYAUUGUCAAAUUAUUUUCAGGGAUCUGGGGAACUCCUGAUUAGAUUGUUGGGAACAAGGGAACACCAAUAUUUUUUUUUAACUUUCAGCCCCUACAAUAAAACUAUCAUUUUAAAAAAAAAGAAAUAAAAAAAGAAAUAAAAAUAACAGUUUUAAGACAAUUUUUGUGAAAUGGAGACCAGUUAGCAGCAUGAAAACCUGUGGUCUCUAUUUGAAAACAACUGGUUACCAGGGCCGUUGCUACGAUGAGGCGAGGCAUUUGCCUCGGUAAAAUUUCAGAUAUUUCAGUUUUUUUUAUAACGUCAUCCGAAAGUGAUUUUUUAGCUACAUAUAUAUUGUGAGCUACUUAUUGUGAGACUCAUAUCAGAUAUGCCUUUUCUCUUCUUUUUCUUUGCCAGGAUGUGCAAAAUGGUCAUAGCUUUACAAGAAUAAAUGUGUCGCAAAUGCCUCUCAAACAGCUGGAAAUCGCAUUUCCGAGRGUCUGAAUUUUCACUUUUUUAAUUUUUUAAAUUUAUCAUAAUGCUGUUUUCUUUAAGGGAAUAAAUCAGAAAGGAAAACUAAGAAUUGAUGAACGAUUCAGGAAAAAAAGCGGUAGUUUGAAAGCUUUAGAAAAUAAGCAAAACGAGUUUGUCAUUAUUCACCGUCCCUGCGAGUCGCAAAAACAAAGACAUGGCGACCUGUUGAUGCCACUAGUAAGAAAGGCCGGUUUAUGUCCAGAAAUCUUACCUACACCAGUAACUAACUAUGGCACCAGUAAUGAAAGCUGUUUCCGUCCUAGAAAGAAACCUGAAACUAAAAAAACUGCGGCUUUGAAAUAACAAUUCUCUGUAGACUUUGUACGAGCACUUCGAAGUCACCGCGGUAGGGUAGAUUCUCUGUACUUCAAUUCUCGCUAUACAAUAUUAAGCCGGUAAAACUUUUUGUAAAUGACCGGGUGGUUUUAUUGAGUGACUGAUGGCUACCAUGAAAAAGCACUACUGUAAAAGACUAAAUGAGAUAAUGCACAUUUUUAGAGCAUAAAAACGUUGAUUUUGCUUUAAAAACCGUUAAUAAACUGAUAUCAGUUUUUCUGUCAUGGUUGAGGUGUGGGUAAAUCGUGGGUAUAGGGUCGAAUGACUCGGUUAAGUUGAUCGUUUAGAGAGGCGUAAACCGUGAAGUCAGGCUCAGUGAUCAUUUGCACCUUCCCUGAAGGAAGCAAUAGAUCAGGGUAACAACAGUUCUUUAUUAGUUUAGAAUAACUUUUGUUAGCAAAGAAGUGGAACUAUUUGUGCCCCAGUGUUCUCGAAUGGAAUAAUACUAGGAUUUGUUCAGUCAAUUGGUCAUGAAAACGCGACUUUUCGAAAACCAAUACGUGUGGAGACAGGUAAAAAGGAUUCGAAUACGCUACGUGCGGACAGACUUUUUUUUGAAAAAGAAACAAAAAACCCUAAAACAAAAAUUAUAUACGUGUGGAUGGGGCCGAAAUUUUGGUUUCAACUGGAGAAUUUUAGUGAAAACAAAGGAUUUCAAGACAAUAGAUCAUGGUAGUGCAUGUAGCUGCAUUAAAAAUGCAGUAGAUUGCUUAGUCACCGACACGUGUUUUUGAACCAGAAUCAGCUACAAAGACCAAGCACUACAAAGCGCGCCUUGUAAACCAAAAAUGCACUAUAAAAUGUUUCUAGGUCAAGAAAAUUAGCGCUCAAAAUGAGAGAAAAGUAUAAAGAUUAAGGAACUCAGUCGUACGGUGGAGAUGGCAACAGAAAGCGGAGGUCUGUCUCCUGAGUAUUACCCAAAGGGCGAAGAUGAAAACAAGCGCAUUAAACAAAGGCUAAGGAACAGUCGACCUUGGAAAAUCCUCUCCUCGUUCUGCCAGAAACUCGACUAUAUAUUAUGUUGUGGAUUCAUCGUUUGUAGACAUUGUUUCGUACGAUGUUUUCAGCUUCGUCAGUCCGUUUUCUCUCGUAUGGCUUAUAUCGGGUUUCUGUUAGGAGGCUGCAUGGUGAGCUGUUUAAUGUUGACUCCAAAAACAAAGAUCUUAUUCAGUGAUCGCUUCUGCCAGACCAUAACGUACUUCGUGUGCGACACACUACGAGGUUAUUCUGCCGUAUACCGGGUCUUCUCAGCAAUUGCAAUCUUCUUUUUCAUAAUGUCACUAAUAACAUUUGGGAUAUCGUCAAGUAAAAGUGCUCGUUCGCAACUUCACAACAAUUUCUGGGGAGUCAAAAUCGUGUUUCUCUCAGUUCUGGUCUUCUCGUUUCUCUUCCUCCCUCACUCUGAAUACAGCGGAGAAGUUUGGGUGUUUUUUGGUUUGAAUGGAGGUUUUGUAUUUAUUAUUCUAGAAUGUGUUCUACUCAUCGAUAUUGUACAUUGCUGGAACUCAAGUUGUGUCGUGAGACUAGAAAGUUGCCAGAAUAACCGUCAUGCAUUUCGACUUUGGUACACCAUUUUAUGGUUGCCCACAAUCACUCUGUACAGCGUCUCCAUCAUUUCCAUUGCGCUAUUUUACGUCUUGUACGCACAACAAGGCUGUUACAAUAACAUGUUUUUUAUAAGUUUCAAUGUGUAUCUCUGUUUAGCUGCCACCUACAUAUCGGUCAAUCCAAUCGUCCAGGAAAAGCGCCCGCGAUCCGGCCUACUCCAGGCGUCAGUUAUCACCACCUAUAACACGUUUGUCACGUGGUUGGCACUAUCAAACGCACCAGAUGACAAAUGUAAUCCGUCUCGUUCAUACCUGUUUCCUGGAUGUCCCUUCCAAAAUGUCCAGUUACUAAUGAGUCUUGGACUGAUGUUUUUUCUGUUGAUCUGCUCAAGCUUACGAGACGUUUCGCCGCCACAGUAUGGCAAGUUCAAGCUGUUUUCAUCUCGCCACGCCGAAGCUCCUUUACCCAGCAGAGAAGGAAUAGCACCAGACAGCAUUGAAGACACCCCGUCUCCAGAAGACCGACCCCAGAAGGUAGUGACAGACGACGAAGAAGACGGAGUAGAGUACAGUUAUUCUUUCUUUCACGUUAUGCUCUGUCUGGGUUGCCUUUAUUCAAUGAUGACCGUGACUAACUGGUACCGACCAGAGGAAGGAGAGAACCUGACGGUCAAACUGGUAUCAAGCUGGGGUUCUGUGUGGAUUCGUAUCUCGGCCGCCAUAUUCAGUGUUUUUAUUUAUAUCUGGACACUAGUGGCACCUGUCAUGUUUCCUGAUACUUACAAAGAAUUGGUCUUCUUUCAGUUCAUGCUGAAGGAGAAUUAGAAAAUAAAUAAGGCGGGUGGGGUUGGGGGAUUCAACUCAAUGAGCUGGGUUACAAGGACCAAAGACAUGAAACAAUGGAUCCAUCGUAAGUGCGUAGUGGUGCAUUUUGGUCUAGCUUGGGUACAUGCUAUCCUCGUUCCCAGUACCUCCGCAGCUUCAAGACAAAUCGGAAGGGCCUGGUCACAUACAUGUACCCACUUUCAUAGUAAAACCACAAGGUUUUUUUAGUCCAAGAUUCGUUACAAAAAUAUUGCAAACUACACGCAAAAAGAAGCUUUAUUUUCCUGUAGCAUAGCUACAGCAAAAUACUAGGAAAGAAAGUUGAUCAUACAAUAAGCGUGUAAAAGCACAAGGUUUUUUUAGUCCAAGGUUCAUUUAAUAUAAAAACAUUGUAAUAAACUACACACAAUAAACUAGUUUCAUUUCCAUGUAGCAUAGCUUCAGUGACGUACUAGGAAAGAAGUUCAUAUCUAUAAUAUGUGUGAGUCUAAGACAAUAAAAUACUCCAAAAUCCACUUUCAUCUUCACACUCCCACGUCAGCCCAUUUCUCACUAAUGGCUAAAAAUAACUCAUAGAUAUUUUCCAAGUGUUAUUUGGGAGUGGAAAAUAAAAAAGAAAUGACAAAAUAAUACCUUUACACUGCAAAAGAAUUUCAUAUGCAUAGCUCCAUAAAAUAUCCAUAACCCCCUCCCCCCACAAGUGGGGAAUACAAUCCCUAAUGGGUAAUAGGUAAGGAUUGGUUAUACGUUUUCAAGGAAAGAAUAUUUUAGGUAUUAUACACAAAGUACAAUACUAUUUACUAGGAGUAUGGAUAUUUUUUGGUGAAUAGAGAAAUUAACAUUAAUAUAAUCCUAAUUAAACUAGAUUUUCUCUUGAUAAUUGUAUUUAGCAGUAACUAUGAUUUCAAUAAAAACUAUCUAUUGG